AUGAUGGGCAAGUGUGAAUUACCAAACCCUCUUAUAGAAAGCUAUUGGCUAGAUGGCGUGGGACAGGGUGAGGGAGGAGAUCUGUUGGGGAGUGAGGGGAGGGGGUGGCCUGGUGUCUUGAUACUUUUCUGGAGAGAGAAGAUGGCGAUGGUGGUGUUGGUAUCAAAGAACUUCCUAAUAUGCUUUUUAUUUUAUUAUGUAUUGAUUGUGGUGCUGGGGAGCUACUGGGAAGGAUGGUGGUGUGAGGGAUGGAGACUCUGCAAUUUUCUCACCUUCCACACAGAGCCCAGAUGA